UAACCAUAUUCAGUUUAGCAAGGGGAAAAUGAUGCCAGCAAUGCUGCACGAGAAUGAGAAAAACACGAGAAUCAAAGUUGCAAGAGUGGAAAUACAAUGAUGAAUCAAAGAAGCAUAAAGAAAUGUUUUCAAAUCUGCUUAAGUGUGCACGCGAUCCCAGUGUCAAGGUUGAAGAAGUGAGUGAUGUACGUGUGAUUUUUUCGGACGAUUUUUGCAUCGGUAAAGGAAGUAACGAGACCCGUGUUUUUCUUGGACUCAGAAAGGAUGGUUACGGCAAAGCAGUGAAACGAAUACGUCGAGACAACUGCAUGAAGCUUGCACAGAAAGAAAAAGAAAUUUUAAAUCAAUUCAACGCAAAGAAAUCGAAAUAUGUUGUGAAUUAUUCCUUCUUAGAAGAAAAUACUGGAACGGAGUAUGUCUAUUUAAUAUUAGACUUAUGUGAAGAAUCGUUGGAGAGUUAUGUGAAAUCUUCUUCCCUAAGUGAUCUUCAAAACGCUCUUCCCAAAAUUAUUAGACAAAUUUUAAAUGGAUUAGCUGAUCUUCAUAGUGGCGAAAAUCCUAUUAUUCAUCGGGACUUAAAGCCCUCCAAUGUUCUCCGAGACUCACAAGACAACUUUCUGAUAGCUGACUUUGGCAUUAGUCAAAUAUUGAAUAAUGAUUGUACGACAUAUGAAAGCAAGCCUAACACAGGAACGGAGUAUUGGAUUGCUCCUGAAUCAUAUUGUGAAGAUGAAGAUUCUGUUGAUAAAGGACGGUACAAGAAACAGUCUGAUGUAUAUAAUGCAGGAAUGGUAACAUAUUAUAUUGCAACAAAAGGAAAACAUCCUUUUGGAACUAAACCCCGUAGACUGAUUAACAUGUUAGAUGGAAAACCUGUUGGUUUGGUGGAAAUCAAGGAUGAAACAUUAAAAGACUUUCUGUCGUGGAUGUUAAAUCGACAACCCGAAGAUAGACCAUCAGCUACCGAGGCGUUUAAACACCCAUUUCUUAUGUCGGAUAACGAGAAAUUUGAUUUAUUAUGGAAAGUUGGAAAUCUUCAACAGAUUAAGACGAAUGAUUCCAAGUCAAUUGUCGUUCAACAUCUGAAUAGCGAAACUUUAGAUUGGAGAAGCCAAAUGGAUAGUGAUGUAUAUGAUUAUUUUAGAACGAACGUGAGGACUGGAAGGAUUUUUAGGUAUGGAUCUUCAAAGACAGAGUGCUUGAGACUUAUUCGAAAUACUGGUGAACAUUGGUACGAUGAACAACGACCUCUACCACAACCAGAACCAUUUUAUAAGAUUGGUGAUCACAAGUCGUAUUUUCUCAAAACAUUUCCCAAUCUCCCUGUUAGGGUGCACGCUGCGGUGAGAUCCAAUGAAGAACUGAAAAACAAUCCAGAACUCAAGAACUUUUUCUAUUUCAGUGGAAAGAAAUCACAUCAAAAAUAAACAGUUUUUAAACAGUAAGAACAGUUUGUGAAAAGGCAAGCGUCCAGGAAGAAUUUGUAGAUACCGUUGUAAAUUAUAAUUUCCUCAGAUUGGAAAAGACAAACACAUUUUGACGUAUAUGAUUAUUUAAAUGUUGGCUUUCCUUGACAGCUAGAUAAAUGGAUUGUCACCAACACUAAAAUCAUCCAUUGUAUAAAGUCGAUGAUCCUAAGGAGUUCUUUCUGAAAUCCCCGUCAGGUCAAAUGACGAAUAGAAAAACAACCGAGAACUAAGAACUUUUUCAGUUUUUAAUGAAAGCGAACGACAUCAAUGAAAAGUUUAUAGGCAGGAAAACAAAUUAGAAAUCAACGAUACUGUAGUUAAAGAUGUUAUUUUAUACAUGUAAAGUAAAAACACUUUUCACGACGUAUUUGGAUGAUACCUAAACACAUUUGUGCAUGGUGAAUCAAGCUUAUAUUUAUCAUUGAUACAAUUUCUGAUUA